UGGUCGCAUCUUGAAAUGGCCUACGGUGGAGUCAUCCUCUCCAAUUCCUUCUCCUUCUACCAAAAACGCAUAGUUACGAGCUCAAGAAUGCAAGAGAAAAACGGCGGUGCUUCAAUCCCGCACGUCUUGAGUGUAGCCGGCUCUGAUUCCGGUGCUGGCGCGGGAAUCCAAGCCGACCUCAAGGCUUGUGCCGCACGCGGAGUUUAUUGUUCUACAGUGAUAACUUCCGUUACUGCACAAAACACCGUUGGAGUUCAGGCUGUACACGCUGUGCCUGAGGAUUUUGUUGCCCAGCAGUUGAAGUCAGUGCUUUCAGAUAUGCAAGUUGAUGUCGUUAAAACAGGGAUGCUGCCUUCUGUUGGGGUAGUUAAGGUUCUUCUUCAGAGUCUCACUGAGUUUUCGGUUCGAGCUUUGGUUGUUGAUCCUGUCAUGGUUUCUACCAGUGGAGACGUGCUUGCUGGCCCUUCCAUUCUUUCCACUUUUCGAGAGGAGCUCCUUCCCAUGGCCAACAUAGUAACCCCAAAUAUAAAAGAGGCAUCUGCUCUACUUGGUGGUAUACGCCUUGAAACAGUUGCUGACAUGCGCAACGCAGCUGAGCUGUUGCAUGCACUGGGUCCACGAAAUGUGCUUGUCAAAGGUGGUGAUCUCCCUGAUUCUUUGGAUGCUGUUGAUAUCUUCUUUAAUGGUGAACACUUCUAUGAGCUGCGCUCAUCUCGCAUAAAAACUCGCAAUACUCAUGGUACUGGCUGCACUUUGGCUUCAUGUAUAGCAGCUGAGCUGGCAAAAGGUUCUCCAAUGCUCACAGCUGUCAGGGUGGCUAAGCGCUAUGUUGAGACAGCCUUGGAAUAUAGCAAAGACAUUUUGAUUGGAAAUGGGAUUCAAGGCCCCUUUGACCACCUACUAAGGCUUAAGAGUGGUUCUCACAGCUUCCAUAGAAAAGAUGCAUUCAAUCCAAGUGACUUGUUUCUGUAUGCAGUUACAGAUUCUGGGAUGAAUAAAAAGUGGGGACGGUCCACGGUAGAUGCUGUUGCAGCAGCCAUACACGGAGGGGCUACCAUUGUUCAAUUGAGGGACAAGGAUGCUGAAACAAGGGAUUUUUUGGAAACAGCAAAAUCGUGUCUUGCAGUCUGUCGUUCCCAUGGAGUUCCGCUAUUGAUAAAUGACCGUGUUGAUGUAGCCCUUGCAAGUGAUGCUGAUGGGGUACAUGUUGGCCAGUCUGACAUGCCUGCUACCGUGGCUCGCACUCUUCUGGGUCCAGAGAAAAUAAUCGGUGUAUCAUGCAAGACAAUAGAGCAAGCUCAGCAAGCAUGGAUUGGCGGUGCGGACUACAUUGGUUGUGGUGGAGUAUAUUCAACUAACACCAAGGCAAACAAUCCCACUAUCGGUUUGGAUGGAUUAAAAACUGUUUGUUCGGCUUCUAAGCUACCUGUGGUUGCAAUUGGUGGGAUUAAUGCUUCGAAUGCAGGCACUGUGAUGGAGAUGGGGGUGCCAAAUCUGAAAGGUGUCGCCAUUGUUUCAGCUCUAUUCGAUAGGGAAAAUGUUUUGGCAGAGACCAAGAAGUUGCAUGCGUUAUUAAUGGAGGCAUCAUCAUUAUCAUCAAAGAUACAAUAAAUUCCAGGUAUGGACCAGUCUUUGUUGGUAAGGCCAUUCUGUUUUUCGAUGUAGCAUCUUUGGAUAAAUUCUUAUUUUGCUCAGUUGCCGUAA